AUGGUUCCCAAACACGUCCCGGCGCCCCCGGGACUCCUCUUCGGGACGGCGUUGCUCGCCAUGGCCGGACUCGCGACGUCCACCGCCGACACCGCGUCCGUGAAAUGCCAGCCAGGUACGUUCCACUUGCCCGACAUCCCCGGCGUGGAACACGUCCGAACCACAGCGGCCGUCGUCCGCAACUACACCGGCUUCCCCAACAGACAGCACGAGCCCGCCCUCUCCGCACCGGCGGCCUCGUCCAGCGGGAUCGCGCCCUUUUGCAACGUGACGGUAUCGUACACGCACCCGGGCCAGGGCGACCUCGUCAACGUGCACGUCUGGCUGCCACUCGAGACGCGAGACUGGAACGGGCGGUUCAUGGGGCUGGGCGGCGGCGGGUUCGUGGUCGGGGAGGUGGAUGGCGAUGCGCCGUCUGCUGCGGUGCAGGAGGGUUACGUGGCUGCCGCGACGGACGGGGGACACCUCGCGGCACAAGAGCCCUACGUGUGGGCGUUGAAGAGCACGGGGAACCUCGACUGGCCGCUGUUGGUGAAUUUCGGGUACAGGAGUUUGCAUGAGCUUGCUGUUGUUGGGAAGAGCGUGGCGCGAGAGUAUUACGGACGGGCGGCGACGUAUGCGUAUUGGAAGGGGUGUUCGACGGGGGGCAGGCAGGGGUUGACUGUUGCGCAGAGGUAUCCGGGGGACUUUGACGGGGUGCUGAGUAUGUGUCCCGCUGUGGAGUUUCCUGCCAUGGUGGUGGCGAUAUAUUUCCCGCAGUUGGUUAUGCGGUGGAGGGGGUAUUGGCCCAGCGAGUGUGAGCUGAGGACGAUUGUGGCGGCUGGGGUUGAGCGUUGUGAUUUGACGGAUGGGAAGAAGGAUGGGAUCAUUGGGAGGUUGGGGGAGUGCGGGUUUGAUGUGAGGACGGCGGAGGGGAGGGCGUUUAGGUGUGAUGACGAGGAGGCAGGGAGGACGGAGGGGAGGGUGUCGAAGGAGGCGGUUGAGGUUGUCGAGGAGGUUGUUGGGGGGAUUCUGGAUGAGGAAGGGAGGGCCAUGUUCCCCUCGUAUGUCCCAGGGACGCAGUUUGCCGGGUUCCUUGCGAUGAUGAAUAGUGUUUGCGAGGACGAGAAGGACCGAACGCGGUGCAAGGGCGUGCCUUUCCCCGUGUCGGACGCAUGGAUCCGGCUCUUUGUCGAAAAGGAUGCGCAGUUUGAGCCGGAGUCGAUGUCGCGGGCGGCGUACCGGGACGUCUUCCGGCGGAGCGUGGAGGAGUUUGACUCCGUCAUUGGGACGCCCGUGCCGGAUCUGCGGCGGUUCCGGGAACGGGGGGGCAAGGUGCUCAUGUGGCACGGCAUGGCGGACCAGGCCGUCCCCGUCAACGUCGGACGGGCGCUGUACGAGAAGGCCAGGGGGGUCGAGGCGGCGCGCGGGGUGGAGUUGGAGACGUAUUGGCGGUAUUUUGAGGUGCCGGGGGUGAAUCACUGCGUUUCGAUGGAGGGGGCGCCGUUCCCGUGGGAUGCGUUUGCGAGGUUGAGGGCGUGGGUUGAGGACGGGGUUGUGCCGGACGAGUUGGAGGCCAGGGGGAUUAGGAAGGGUGAGGGUGGCGGGUUCGAGAUUGACGACGAGGUGAGGAGGAUUUGUCUUUAUCCUCUGGAGGGGGUGUGGGAUGGCAAGAGGUGGACUUGUUUGAAGCCUGGGGAGAAGAUUGGGACGGUGGGUGAGAAGGAGGAGCUUUGA